AUGACAAUUCGAGAAUUGGGUCAUUUGGGUCUCCCAAAACGUGCUCUUGAGACCUUAUGCUGGGUUCAGAAGCAGCGGCCAUUUCUAUUUCCUGAUGACCGCACUCUUUCUUCCACCAUAGAAGUUUUGGCUCGGAAUGGAGAACUGAAGAUCGAGUCUGAACUUGAGAUGUUUUUGAACUCUGCAAGCCGUUGCGUGGUAGAAGCCAUGGUGAGGGGAUUCAUAAAAGGAGGAAAUUUGAGCCGCGCUCGACACCUUUUAGUGCUUGCCAGAGAUAGUAAGAGGACACUGGAUCCAAGUCUUCAUGCCAAGCUUAUUCUAGAAGCAGGGAAGACACCUAAUGGCUACAAGCUUGUAUUAGCACUGCUUGAUGAGCUUGGUGAGAGAGAAAGUUUGGACCUGAAGCCACAAGAUACUACAUCUAUCAUGAAGGUUUGUAUUAAGCUUGGGAGAUUUGAAACAGUGGAAAGUCUCUUUAAUUGGUUCAGAAAUUCAGGAAGGAGUCCUAGCAUUGUUAUGUACACAACAGUGAUAUAUAGCAGGUAUUGCAGCAAGAAAUAUAGUGAAGGAUUGGCCUUAGUCUGGGAGAUUGAAGGAUUGGAUUUUCUUUUAGACCUUCCAGCUUAUCGAGUCAUUAUCAGAUUGUGUGUUGCUUUGAAUGAUCUUGAUAGGGCUGUGCGAUAUUUUUUGAGAUUAAAGGAGGCUGGUUUUGCUCCUACUUACGAUAUAUAUAAAGACAUGAUCAAGGCCUAUGCUUCUUCAGGGAGGUUGGCUAAGUGCAGGAAGAUAUGCAAGGAGGUGGAGAUGACUGGUUUGAAGUUAGAUAAAGAGGCAUUGACUCUUCUAUCUGAAAUGGAAGGAAAAGCUAGAUGA